AUGUCCACCGAAGAUUUCAAGGCAGCUGUGAAAGCAGGGAACCUUGCCAGAGCCAUCUCCAUAGCCCAGGAGAUCAUGAAUCGCAGAUUUGCCGUUGCUGUCAUUGGAAAGGCUGGCUCUGGUGCAUCAUCCUUUGUCAACGCAAUCAGGGAUCUGAAGAAUGAUGAUACAGGAGCUGCCCAAAUUGCAUGGGUGGGGAACAGGACAAACAGAUCGCCUACCUCUUACAGACAUCCUAGAUACCCUAAAUUGUACUUUUGGGACAUGCCAGAGAUCUCACGUUCAGAUUUUAAAGCAGACAAGUAUCUUGAGCAGGUAGGCUUUGACCCAUAUGACCUUUUCAUCAUAAUUGCCUCUGAGCGUUUCAUAAACAUCCAUACUGAACUCGCUAAGGAAAUUCAGAGGAGGGGGAAAAGCUUUUACUUUGUACGCUCCAAAGUGGACAACGAUGUGUUAGCUGAAAUGGCUGAAGAGAGCGCCCUGCAAACGAUCCGAGAGGAAUGCAAAGAGCGCCUGCAAAUAGGGGGUCUGACUGACCACCAGGUUUUUCUCAUAUCCAGCAGUAGACCUUGCUGUUAUGAUUUUCCACUCCUGAAAGAAACUUUAUUCAACAAAAUCGUCAGUCAGGAGAGAGAGAAAUUAUUGAGCAUCUCACGGUCCACUCUGCAAGAGAAAAAAGCAGAAAAAUGGGUGGCUACAAUUGGAACAAGCUUCCUGACGGGCGGGUUUGCUGUUGCUGCUUUGCUGGGUCCCUUUGAUUAUGCUGAUUCUUUCAUCAUGACAAAUUUCAUAAAAGAUUAUUACAAAGAUUUUGGCCUGGAUGACGACUCCCUCUCUACUCUCGCUGGGCAGGUUGGGAAGGAUGUCAAAGACCUGAAGGCUGUGAUGACAUGUCCACAGGCCUCAGCAAUAACACCCAUUUAUAUAUGUGACCUGCUGCGUAACUUUACUCCUAUGGCUGCUAACGUUAUCCGGUGGAUACCAGUGAUAGGUGCAAGUUUUUCGAUUGGAAGAACACACGGUGUGCUUCAAUACCUUUUGGAUUCCAUAGCUGAAAGUACCUUCAGAGUUCUGAAGGAGGCUCUGGAGGGAGAAGGGAGAAAGUCAAAGUAA